CACGAAUGUUCACCAUCGGCUGCACUAUGGGCCCAAUGAUGCACUACUGGUACCUGUGGCUAGACAGGGCCUUCCCUGCUGCUGGCUUCAGUGGCAUCAGGACCGUCCUGAAAAAAGUUUUCAUUGAUCAGAUUGUUGCCUCUCCAGUCUUUGGGGUUUGGUAUUUCAUAGGGAUUGGAUCUUUAGAAGGACAGACUCUGGAGGAAAGCUGGCAUGAAUUGGAAGAGAACUUUUGGGAAUUCUACAAGAUGGACUGGUGUGUGUGGCCACCAACACAGCUGAUCAACUUUCUGUUCCUGCCCCCCGCGUAUCGAGUGAUUUACAUGAAUGUCAUCACUCUAGGAUGGGACACUUACCUAUCAUACCUUAAACAUCGUAAUAAAAAGCCAGUGCUCGACCAGGAUGAGGACUCUAAACCUUGCACUUCUGAGAUCCAGACUACUGGGUGAAAAGUGUGAAUAACCAAACUACUUUUUAAAAGCUCGAAGCACACCGGCAUCUUUUCUUUCUUUUUCUUUUUUUUUUCAAAAAUGCUAUUUGAAUUCUUCUGCGUAGGAAAUGGUGCCUGAAUUCUAAUUUUACUUGUCAAAAAUUCUGUAACAAGAACGAGACUGAAAGCUCCGAGCACUUUUCCUUUGACAGGUUGGUGCGAGUUGAACCAGCAUCCAGGAAGCAGAAGUGCUGUCCCAUAAAAGUGCCAAAUUAUAGAUUUUUCUAAUUUAUUUAUUUAUUAGUUUUCUAUUGCCUCAAUCUCGUGAUUUUGGAUGGUGUGCAAGAAUCUCAACAGUGAUCUUAAAAUCAACUGUGUCAGCAGAAACAGAGACAAAGAAAAUACGUCCAUCUUCCUUCCCCACUAAGCCUUGGAGUAAUCAGGAAAGUUUUCCAGAGCUUCUUAAAAGCCAAAAAUGAAGCAUCAGGUGUAUUUCCAGGGAAGGUUUAUUCCAUAGAGCAGUGUUUCUCAGCCUCAACAGCUUUAAGAUGAGUGGAAUUUCUACUAGAAUUUCCCAGCCAGCAACGAGGUGUGGCCAUAUUUGAGAACCGUUGAUGGUCUUCGGAUUAGCAACUCAGUUCACUCUUUGGAGGAUGAAUGCAUCUAUUUUGGAAAUACUAACUAUUUAGAUAAUGGGAAAGCCAGACAAGCUAAGAAAGGGAGAAGUAAAUAAAAGAAAAUUCAUGUUGGUAUCUGUAAACCCAUAGCAUCCUUUAUAGAACAUGCUGCCAGAGGGGAUGGAUUUGGGCAGCCUAUACAUUUGAUGAAUAUAUCUUAAAAAAAUAACAAGCUGAGCUUCAUCCCAUGAUUGUGUUGGAAGAUUAAAUAUGGGGAACUAGAUUGUGUCCUUAUUGUUAUGCUCACAAGCAGUGCCAUAGAGGGCUAGGAUUUAAAAAAGGCCUUAAAACCAAAAGUGAGGGACCAAAUGACUCUCAAGCAUGGGAAUUUUUAAAUUCCCUAUUUUUUCCUUCAGUGGAUUAGAGGAAUAUAUCAGGGAAAUGUUUGCUCACAAUAUAUCUAGACUUCUAUUGAAUUUAUGCUUCAUUCUAUGUACUAUAUUUACUACAUAGGUAGAUCAAACUGCCAGGGGUGAUUGUGUGUAACAUUAGGGUUGCAGUAAAUAUGAUGAUAUCUGUGGAAAUUCUCAAUCAUGCAUGUCAUGGUCAUCUCAAAGGUGCAUUUCCCAAAAGGCAAUUGGACUUUCUUGGGGGGUUUUUUCCCUUUGAAAACAUUUUGCUUCUCACC